ACAACACACAACAAACAACAACAACUUUAAGCAAAGCUCAAACACUUUUCUUGAUUAGUAUUAUAAAAAAAAUACAAAAUGAGUCGUGGUUAUAAUCUACUAUUCAUUCUAGAAACGUUUUUAGUAUUGGUUGCAGCUGUAACUGCACAAGAAAACGGUGGCUCAAGCCGUGGUGUUAGUCAGAGACCGCGUGUUGGGUUCUAUGGAGACAGAUGCCGAAACGUAGAGUCCAUUGUGAGAUCGGUUGUUCGAGAACAUGUCGAGUCUAACCCGGCUAAUGCACCCGGGAUUUUGCGUAUGCAUUUUCACGAUUGCUUUGUUCGUGGCUGUGAUGGCUCGGUUCUCAUCGCUGGUAACAACACGGAGAGAACCGCCGGUCCAAACCGUUCAUUGAGAGGGUUCGAAGCUAUUGAAGAGGCUAAGACUAGGCUUGAGGCUGAGUGUCCUGGAGUUGUCUCUUGUGCUGAUAUCCUCACCCUUGCUGCUCGUGACGCCGUUGUUUUGACCGGUGGACAGAGCUGGCGAGUGCCAUUGGGACGUCUAGACGGCCGAAUUUCUCAAGCCUCAGACGUGAUCUUACCCGGUCCAAACGACCCCGUGGACAAGCAGAAGCGAGACUUUGCUGAUAAAACUCUCAACACACUAGACCUCGUAACUCUUGUUGGCGGACACACAAUAGGAACAGCUGGUUGCGGUUUGGUAAGAGGCAGAUUCUUCAACUUCAACGGCACAGGACAACCCGACCCAUCAAUAGAUCCGGAUUUCGUUAGACUGGUUCAGGAAAAAUGCCCUCAAAACGGUGACGCAACGGCCCGGGUCGACUUAGAUGAAGGAAGUGCUGGCAGGUUUGACACAUCGUUCCUAAGGAAUGUGAGGUCAAGACGCGUGGUUCUCCAGUCAGAUCUAGUCUUGUGGAAUGAUCCAGAGACCCGAGCCAUCAUAGAACGUUUUUUGGGCGCACGUCGACCACCCUUGAGUUUCGGAUUUGAGUUCGGGAAUUCGAUGGUCAAGAUGAGUCGUAUAGAAGUUAAGACAGGAUCAGAUGGUGAGAUUCGUAGGGUUUGCUCUACGAUCAACUAAGUGAAUUGAAGCACAACAUGCAUGUGUGGUUUGGUUUUAAUUUGUGAUGUGGUUUAUUAAUAAUAAUCUGUUUGAUACAAUAAGCUUGUGAUUAGCAUUUUGUUGUUGAUGGUUACGUUAUGGUUGUACUAUUUAACAUGACAGUAAUAAAUGAAAUUACCG